AAUUGUUAAGUAUUAGAUUGCAAUCCACCGCAUCUCGUACCACUUCCACUUUGUAGUAAACGAAGACUGCUAGUACCCCUUUUGAUACAAACAGAUUAAAAUUAUGGCUCUUCCAGUCUCCUGUUUCAAACUGAAUGAAUGGUAUAUUGUUUUUGAAUAUACAUCAGUACAACCCCGUAACGAUCGUUCGUUUUUCUUUAUAUCGUAAAUAAUUUAUUCCUUCUCUCUCUCGUUUUCCCUUCUUUGAACGCCGCUGAAUACAAAUAGAAAGCGCUCAACUAAUCUAUCGGCAAUUUUUCCUAUGAUUCACUAGGACGCAAAAAACUCUCGAUCUCAAAUACAUCCUUCUUUAAAUUUUUUUAGCGACAUCACGCACCAAAGAGUGUUUCUUCUUAGUUAAAGUACACCUCGAUAAGCUCCUGAAUUACAAACAAAAUUCCAUAGGAGAUUCAGUUGAAAUGUACAUAACGAGAACGUGUUGUCCACUGAUGUGACGAGGUAAUGGAGUUCGGAUAAACGAGUGAAACAAGUAUCAUUUCACAGAAUAUCACUGAAAUCACAGGAACAGUUCUUUGUGGCAAACGGCUUCUCUUUUAAAUCGUCUUGCAAGGCCAAGUUCGUAAAGCCAUUGAAGAAAGUUUUUAAUUUUGUGAGGAUAAGAUCAACGGUGGACACAGGAAAUGGAUUAUUACCCAACCAAAGUAACAUAAUUGUGAUAUCCACGAGGAAAUCCUUUGAUGCAGGUAACAGACUUACAAAAAGAAAAUUAGGAACGUACUGUUUCUUAUGAUCAUUUCUUCCUCCUAGUCACUGUUUUUCUCGGCUUUAUCAAUGCACGUUAAUUUAAUAUACUUCUUCACUGAAGCUUUGUGUGUUGGUUGGUUUUGUUCUAAGGAUACGUUCUUGGUUGAGAGCUUUAAUGUUAAGUACAGUAUGGUUUGAAUGGCGAUUUAACUGAUAAUGACGACAUUCCUGCAAUUGAGCUCAUUUUAACCUGAAAUGGAAAAUGCUAAAAUUCGUUGAAUAUAUUUUUUUGGUUAUUACUGCAAAAUUAAGUAUGGGUAUCGCAGAUCGUAAACAUAGUAUAAUUACAGUAAGGAAAAUAACCGUCGGCUUCUGAAGGUUAGUAUGACUACGAAUAUAUACCCUAAAUAAAACGGAAACACAAGAAUAAGGCAGUAUCAAAGCAAUAAAACUUAAUAGCCUUUUUCCCAAAAAAAGAUCUCCAGAUGUCGUGCUUUUGGAUAACUGUAGAUUGCAGUUUGCUCCCUCGCUUUCUCGAAGAGUAUUUCUGGAGAAAUCGUUGAAAUAAUUGACAUAAUUGUUAUUGCUUGUUAUCUACCGUUGUGAGGUGUCCUCGAAAAAGGUUGAGACGAGGUAACAUCUUAGGCGUCCAAAUUCUUACUCUAGUGUUUUGGUUCAAUUUAAUUGGGCAUAAUAUAACUUGUACGCUAUUCAAAUUAUACUAAUAUGGCGAAUAACCGAAUUUACUUCUCUGUUUUAUUCAAUUUAGUCACCUCAGUUUCUCUGUCACCACUCGCGGAACCUUAGUUUGCCAGACCGACUGCAAUUAUAAAAUACAAGUUACUUUAUAAUGUUGGCCUUUCUGCUGAAAAUGCUUAAUUAUGCUGAAGAGCUUCAGUUCCAAAACUGAUAAGGUAUGCUCUUGAUCGGUAUGUUGUUGAUCCCCCUGGCAACCAUUGUUGGUUCAACGUUUUGAGAAAACACACAGUUGUUUAACAAAAUGUUUAGAAGAAAAAGGACAUGGUUUGAAAUCAUUUUACAACACUAUCUGCGGUUUUCUGGCGUUCGUUAGUCAAUUUCCUACAGACACGGUACUAUUUUCAUGAUAUCUGCCAGCCGUUUUUGCAUAUUCACCUAAAAUCACCGAUACUUAUAAACAUGGCACACUAAAUCUAUCACGUUUAUUAUUUUUAUUCACUAGCAUCAUGGAAUUUCACAAAAUGGAAUCUUGCGGAGAUGAACAUUUCGUACUAGAAUGGAAAUUAGUUGAAUUGUAGUAAUACAGUCUUGGUACCUCUAACACAGUAAAACAAAGCCUCGCAGGAGAAAUUUUGAAACGCCAUUUCAUUAUAUUUAUAAAUUAAUGUAAGUAAACACUAGAUGUCGAUCAAUAUUGGGAAUAAAUCUUUUUAAAGAAAUGUUCCACGAAGCAGUACUGUCGGAUUCUUUGUUUCUUAAUUACUGAAGCAGAAAAGCUGGUUGCGUCACUGAGAAUGAAAAUUAAGUAUUUUUCAUUCUUUUCCGUACAUUUGCGGUAAAAUUGACUACUUUAUUUAAUGUGAUAAACGCCAGAAUCAUAAACGAAAAUUAAUGACAUUAACCUUUUUCAAUAUUAAUUUUCACUGACCACUGAUCAUGAAAUGUCUCGAUAGACGAGCUUCCCUUAUCAAUUUUUCAUAAUGCAAGGCAAUCAUAAAAGAGCUGAACAAUUUUGCCUUCCGACUGAAAAACAUUGCACUUCUGGCUGGAGGCGGACUCGAGCUCAUUGGCAGUAAACCUUCGUCAUCAUACAAAAGACCUAUGUCUCAUGCAUUACACUUACUGCUCACUGUGAAGUGGACUGCCACCAAGAAAUGUAGUCAGGUUAGAUUCCUUACGAAAUCAGUACAAGAAGUAUGGGAUAUCUAAAUGGCAAAAAAUCUGUGUAAGGGUAAUUUUAAAGUAUUUUAACAUCCAUUUUUAUUCAUGAUAUUCUAAACAUGUUUUGCGCUUGGGUGUGCGACUAAAUCUGAUAACAGCUGUCUAUACCCAGUAAAUCUUGCUGACUGGAUGAUCUGCAAAGACGUAAAGUACAUUUCGAAAGUAAACAAACCCCUACGUUUCUACAGAUCACUUCUUUCAGAGGGUACCAAACGUGUGCCAGAUGUACCAGAAAGAAGGUCUUACACGUGCACGAGUGAAACGUGUUCCAGGCGUGAACCGAUAAACCUUAAUGACAUUCUCUCUAUAAAAGAGAAAAGAAAGUCUUCUUUAUUAUUAAAAAAAAAUGUUACACCAAACGGAGUAACAUAUUUCAUCAACUUUUAAUUCCCACUCAUCCAUUACACAGAUCAGUUUCAUUCAUUUUUAAGUAUGUGUUAUUUACCUUUUUUUAAGAAGUUGAGGCUUGAAGGGUCGCAAUUCUCGUCGGAGCUUUACUGUGUGUCGCAUGUGUGGACUGCUAUCUCAAGUUGUUUUGAUUACAGACAGCUUGAUAAGCUCACGAUAUCUCUGACAAAACAAGAUAAAGCUUACCGUCAUCACCAGAGUCAGACCCGAGUUCAGUUAUUAUGAUGAAACCCUACUGUGUCACUGUAUUAAUGAAAGCUCUCAAACACAUUUGCAAAAAGGGAUGUUUUUUUUCCUACGUUGUGGACUCUCAUAUUCACACAUAGCUGGCACUAUAAAGCAAAAUAACUCUUGGUAUUCAUGACCCAUCUCGUCCAAUUUUUUUUUCUAUAUUUAAGACGUUUAGAACAUAAACAGCAUGAUGUCACUGAAACCCAAGAGGACAAGUAGAAAAGGUCAAAACAUGGGUAAAACGUAUUUUCACAAACGUGCCAGUUAGUUCUCGUUUAGCCAACUAUAAAAAUAUUGGUUGCAACCAUUUUGCUGAAAUGGCAGCAUUUAUACCUUGUAAGAAGCGAAAUGGAAAUAAAAUUAAGCUAUAGAAAGGCCAACAAUUUAAUGUCGCAUGGUCAUUAGCUUGGUUCAUUUCGUUUCGUGGAAAAAAAUUAAAACGUUCCGCGAGCUGUUGACGACAUAUAGACAAAUGGCAAACCAAAAUAUAUUGAGGACCAAUUUAAUUUUUCAUGACAUUGCAUCGAGAAUUUGAAUAUUAGCCGAGGCCAUGUUUGGCUAAAUCCUCUUAUUCUCAGACAUAUAGCAUCGACAUCGAUCAGGAAGUUCUUCAAGGGCACAAUAUGACUUUAACUUGCUCAUUUUUUGCAGAAAACCUCAUCAACAACUUGUUUUCCGUCUGGUUUUAAGGAAACAAACUCCUGAACAACGCCGAACAAUUUUUGAUUAUUUGUUAAUGCCAUUAUAGGAAAAUAACCCCUGGAUUCGGCCUUUCAAGAAUAAAACCUUCACUUCAUCCAAUGAUCGGAAUUGUUGCUUUUGAAGGCACUGCGUAAAACUUAAUAUUUUUGCAAAAAAAAAAAAAAAAAUCAAAAAGGAAAUUAAUGAGCUGGUAAUCAAAAGAACCACCGCACCACCCCCACCCCUCUCCCCCAAGUGAAUUAAUUGUAUUGAGACGUUUAAAAAUGUACAACUUAAGCCAAACUGCUCGGAAUAAGUGAUCCGCCCUAACUGCAGAAAUAAUCAAAAAUUAUAAUUCUAAGUCGUAGAGGAACCGUCUUCUAACUCAAAUUUACAGGAAACAAAUCUGUAAUUAACCCUCACGAUUUCUUGCUAAAAAUACUAAUCGGUUUCCAUGUAGUUUUGAAUGUUAACUGUUAGAACUUGGUGGUAGAUUUCAGAUGACAAUUACCAUUCACGAUGAUAUAACGCAUAGAGAAGUUAUAUUUCCAGUCACCACCUCCUUCUAUUUCUCAAACAUGUAGCUAAAUCGUGAAAAGGAAAACUUUUAAUACCGCAAAGCAGAGGUGCGACCUGAACGAGAAACUCAUCAAUUUUUCAAGAAAAACACCACUACAAUAAUUAUACAGUUCUGUAACUUACAAGUGGAAGCUUUCCCUAAAUAACAAAAGAACGUCGCCUUCGUCAUGUCAACCAACAAUAGAUGGGAACAAUAGGCGGGCUUAAAAAUAUACAUUUGGAACGUACGGAGGAAACUGCAAAAUAGGACAAAGAAACGGAAAUAUUUACAGGCCACGAAACCAAAACGGUGCACCUUUUCACGUUAAACGGCAAUUUUUUGUCCUUGUUAACGAUUAAGACACUAAAAAGGAAGCAAUUGAACAUUUCUUUCGUAGAACUGCCGUCUACCGACCAAUAACAAGACUGCUGCAGUUUUAACAAUAUGACAGCGACAGAAACCCAUGACAGGUGCACCUUCGUAUAAUUAAUGGUGCAAUUUUGAAUUUAUAAUCAGUUUUGCGGGAUGCUAGCUAAUAUAUUUUUCACAGACCACAAGCCUUCAUGAAAUUAAACUCAACUUAGACCUCAAGCCGAAAAAAAUAGUUUGUAAACAAAUACAACUUGAAAUCACCAGCUAAGGUUUUGUGGUCGAGGUGAUCCAGUGCGAUGGCUGUUAACGGGAUUAAAGGCGAAGAAGCGAAAACGGUGGGCUUGUCCUCGGAGACAACCCCUCGAAGGUCUCUUCGACCUCGAGUGACUUUCAAAAAGAACUGUAAAGGUGACUGCAUCACUAUCAAUGUAAGCGGUCGACGAUUUGAGGCGGACAAUUCUAUCUUCGAACGGCAUCCAGACACCCUCCUAGGAAGCACCAGACGAGAUGUCUUCUUUGACAAGACCAAAAAUGAAUACUUCUUUGAUCGCGAUCCUGAUCUCUUUACAUACAUCAUUCAGUUCUACCGCAAAGGAACACUUCACUACCCUGAAGACGAAUGUGCUUGUUGCUUCGCUGGAGAGCUCGAUUUCUUUGGUAUCGUCAGAAACCACUUCGGCGAUUGCUGCUAUGAAGUCUUCCAGGAAAAACACGACGAUUUCGAGGACUAUCAAAAGCGUCAUGCAAAACCAAUUGAAGAAGAGUUCACUCCCACGACAAUCAGGCAAAAAAUGUGGCAGUGGUUUGAAGAUCCAGGUCAGAACAUUUUUGCCCUGUUAAUACAUUACACAUCUGCUGCUCUGAUUCUGAUAAGCGUGGUGGCGUCAACUGCUGAGACGUUACCAUGCGGUGAAGUGCCUUGUGGCAAAAAAUACAAAGGGCAAUUCUACAUUGUCGAGUCUACUUGUGUUAUAGUAUUUACUGUGGAGUACCUUGCAAGACUGUACGCUGCUCCCAUCAGACUCCAGUUCAUGAAACAAUUCUUAAGCGUUAUUGACGUUGUGGCAAUCAUUCCGUUCUACGUUGCUUUGGUUUUCCCCAACGCCGCAGGCGGACCAUUCACAGUUCUUCGCGUUUUCAGAAUCUUUCGCAUCGUCAAAAUGUCGCGGCAUAACACGAAGGUGCGAGAGGCAGGGUCGUCGUUGUUGGCCAGCCUCUCCGAACUGAGCUUCGUAUUUGUUGUACUUAUAACUCUUGUCAUAUUGUUUUCAACUAUUAUUUACUAUGCUGAGAUGGGAGACGAAGACACGAAUUUCACCAGUAUUCCUGCUACAUUUUGGUACACCAUUGUUACCAUGACAACACUCGGAUACGGUGAUAUGACUCCAUUGAGUAUAGUGGGACGUCUAACAGGAAUAAUUUGUUCUCUGAGCGGCAUAAUGGUGGUUGCAUUGCCAGCUCCUGUUUUGGAAAAAAACUUUAAUCGAAAGAAAGAAGAAGGACGGCCAGAUCCUGUAGAAAGAAAAAAGAAACAUAACCGCGCGAGAACAGCAAGCUGCAGUCAACUUCAAAAUAAAUAAACGUAACAAACAAACAAACGAACAAACGAGCAACCAAACAAAUCAAUCAAUCAGUCAAUAACAUAGAAUGAUACACAACCUUUUGAAAUUUUAACUCCUCAUCAUUUUCUUCGUUAUUGUCUUAAGCAUGACUACUGUCUUUUUACGUCCGUUGACUGGACACACGACUAAUUCACAUUGUAUUGGCUACUCAUUACGCAAAGCCGCACUUGACACAAAUACGCAUCAUUUUCAGUGUUGCUCACGAGUUACAGGAACGAGUCUUCCUACAAGUCGAUAGAAUACAAAGAAAAUGUGGUCUAUUUCUUUCAGAAAAUACUGAGAGGAAAAAGAACGAUUUUCAAAGUGCAGAAAGCAGCGUAAGUUCUUCGUCCUCUCAGUCACAGCAAUGCGCCUUUUAGCGCGCGCAAUCUUAGAGCAUGGUUUUUAACCAAUAACAAAGCUCAUAUUGGGUGUUUAACAAAUCAAAACGCGCUAAUCAUAAUAAGAAGAGAAAUAAUUUUUAACAUAUAUACCGAAAAUAUAUUAAAAGCCAUUAAAGAACUUGAAAUACGUUUGCACUGCAUUACAUGACCGACUACUUCAUAGAAACAAUGGAUAAAUUUACUUCUUAGAAGCAUAUUCCUUGGACAUUACUCUUACAUUGUUUCUAGUAUUACUGAAUCAGUAGAUGUACAACAUUUAAAAGCGCACGCGGAUCUUGGGGUAAAGCUCCCCUCCACAUAUUAGAGGAGGAAAGGGCCCAUCUUCACUCCAACCCCGCAUGAUCCCUAUUGUAGUGGACACAAGAGCUCAUGUGACCAGAAAAACACCUCAUGUCCGCCAAUGAAAAGGUGUUUCUUUUACACACAUAAACAACGGACAGCUAUUGAUGACGAAAUAUGAGUAACAUAAGGACAUCUUAUAGACUUCGUAUAACACAUUUAAAGAAAAGCAAAAAUAAUUGAAAUUACGAGGAAAACAGCAAACAUUUAGCUCAGUGUGUAGAAAUUAAAUAUUUUUACCAACCUCCUUAGCUGUUUAAAUCUAAAGCCUCUUUCCUGUUUUCAUGCACUUCCCGUAUCGCAAUUUGUCUGCAGAGAAUUUCAAGGAUUUCGUUCUCACGAUCAAGGUCUUCAUUAGCAUUCUAUUUGAGCUUCUUAAUAGUAAAGAGAUAUAAGGAUUUGAUCGUUGCUGAUAACAAGAUGUUAUCGAUAUACGAGAAGCAGUGAAAAAAUUUGGAAGUCAUAUAUGCAUUUCCUUUUUUGUUUCAAUUGUAUUGUCACUGAAAAGCCCCAUCCAGGGAGUCUCAUUAUAGGUAUUGUGAAAGCGACCUACAGCCACUGCACACUAAUGGCUAAUCAGAUUGCAGGACUUGCGUUAGUAUACUUUUAGAUUUGAACCAAUGGCUGAGAGUGUACGAGUAUCUCAACCAAUCAAAUAGCAGCAUUUGCAUUACAGUCGAACCCCUAUUAAGCGGCCACCCUCGGGGAAAUGCGAGGUGGCCGCUUAAUAGAGGUUGAUGUACCUUGAACAUUUUCCACCAUCGGGUAAAUUUCCUAGUGAACAUGGAAUCACUUCAAGACAAUCAUGAUAAACGUGUGUUUGAAUGUUUUUAUCACUCGUCACCUUCUAAUCUGCCAUCGUCUUUUCCAAAACAAAGUUUUUAAAUUUUGGGUGGCCGUUUGACAGGGCUAAAGACAAUAGAAAAACCCUCA